AUUUAUGGUUAUAAGUGUUUUCAACUGCCUCUUGAUUUACAAAUCAAAAAUUCUAUAAAUUGUAAAUAAAUACUUACAUAAAAUAAGUAUAUAUAUUAGAAAAUCUUGUUUUCUAUAAUCCAAAAUUCCAUCAUUAGUUUAAUGUUUCGUCACGGAAAAUCGUCCAGUUUAUAAAAGCGAUAUGUUAAUAUUGCAUUAAGCAUGAAUAUUUAAGUGGAGCAAUGCUUCCUAUUUGAGAUUACAAAUCACCACAGUAAACUACCUUCGAAUCCAAAUCUUCUAUUUGUUGUCAUGGAUUUUGGAAAUGAUUACAACGACACCUCUGAGUACAAUGAAUUGUUUCUCGCAGUCCACAAUGGAGAAUUGAAUCUUGUCCAUUCUUUGCUCAAGAAAUAUUCGGCGACGAAAACGAUACGUGGCAGGACAUUGCUGCAUGUGGCGACUGCAAGAGGACACGCAGCAAUAGCAAAACUGUUCACAAGCACCAAGCGAGACGGAAGAGGGAAUACACCGCUGCAUUUGGCGAUUAGGGAAAAUCAGCCUGAGUUAUUCAAUCUUCUUUUAGAAGAUAGUAAUUUAAACGCGAAAAAUCUCAAUGAUGAAAGUCCACUUCACUAUACAGUUUUGUAUAAUCGCCCUGAAUUUGCAAAGUCACUUCUAGGUAAUGGCGCCUUUAUUGAGGAAAAGGAUAGAUAUGGAAAAACGCCACUUUAUGUUGCAUUGUCGAAAGGAAACGUUCAAAUGGCUGAAAUUCUUUUUAAACACGGUGCGGUUUUAAAUGACACAGAUUUAACAAAUAUGAGUUCUCUUCGUAACGCAGUUUUCACAGGAAAGUUUGAAAUGGUAAAGCUGCUCAUGGCGAAUGGAUGUAACAAAGUAGAUAUUCCAGAAUAUACUUUCGUUCAUCUCGAAUCUUGUCUUGAAUGUGCAGUAUCGUCCGAUCGUUUGGACAUUGUAGAAUAUCUCAUAAAGAAUGGCGUAAAAAGCAUCGCAACAGUUAAGGAAGAUAAACUAGGCUUAUUUAGAUCAGUUAUUUUGGAAGGCAGUUUAGAGACUUUAAAAUGUUUAGUCGAUAUUGGUAUUAAAGUACAAAAUUUAGAUGACGUAUUUAAUAGUACAUUUAAUUUGAGUCGUCAUGACAUGUGGAAAUAUUUAUUAACAAGGUUGUCCAAAAUUAGUGCAAACACAUAUUUUAAAGAAAUGCAACUUCAUUUCUCUAUUCGAAUGGGCCAAGUGGAGACUGUUAAAGUAAUGGUAAAUGAACCAUCAGGUGAAUAUGAAUCAAACACUUUCGCUAGAAAAUUGGCCGUUUACAUUGCUGUUGAAAGUGGCAGUGAAGAAAUAUUAAAAAUUCUUCUAGACGCUGGUUAUCCUGUUAAAAAAAGUCUGUUUAAAUUUAUAAGUCCUCUUCACCUUGCAGCUACAUUCGAACACCCGAGAUUGGUAAAGCUACUCCUGGAAGCUGGAGCUGAUGUUAAUUUACGAACUGAAGAUUGUGGCCGUACACCAUUACUUUUCGCAGCAACUGCAGCGCAGCCAGCUGUAGUUAAAUUUCUUCUAGAAAAUGGUGCUGAUCCAUUUACAACCUCUAAAUUCGGUGGAGUACCAUUGCAUGAAGCUUUGGGGGCUUAUUCAGGCGUGUAUCAUGUCAUGCCUGUUACUCCUUUAGUGUUUGAGGAAUUGUUAAAAGUGACGCAGAUGUUAAUUCGGUAUUCGAAUAGUAAAAUUAAUGAGUACUUAUUUUCAGUUGCAGUUACAAUGAGAGUUUCAAGUAUUAAUUAUUUAAAGCCAGUGACAAAUGAAGAAAUAUCGGAAGUAGGUGAUUGUGUAUUUCGUCCUGAAAUUGUUACAUGCAUAUGUAAUCAUCUCAGUAAUAAAAAGAUCAAAUGUUGUUCUGAGAAAGUUUUAGCUGAAGGGAAUUCUUCAAAUGUUCAGCCACCAGAGUUGUUACAACUUAUGAUGGAAUAUAAUGAUUCGAAAUCACGUUUCUGUGUAGGAAUAAACUAUGCUGAUAGAAAUCCUAAGAGUCAAUUACUCACAGUUGGUUACUCUAAAAACGUUAAUAUUCUUUCAAGUGUUAUUUAUGAAAUUUCUAAUGAUUAUGAUAUAAACGACGACGAAGACAUGUGGAAGAAUAAAGAUGAUUUUUUAAAAUUGAUAGUAUGUCGUAUAGUAUUGUUAGAUGCAGAGUAUGAUAUAACUGAGUUGGAAGAAUGUGAAUUAGAUGAUCUUAUUGAUUGGCGAAAGAAGUGUUUAAAGGAGAAAAGUGUCAUGCAAAAGACGAAAGUUAAUAAAAAUCUGAACUUUACAUUCUAUAAUGUAUUAACUAAGUCAAUUGAUAAAGUUGCAAUGUACACGAGCAACAAUGAUUUUUUAAAAGAAAUCGAAUCUUCUGAUAAAAAAUUUCCUAUAUAUGCUAAUCUUUUGAAGUCAACUGUCGAAAUAGCAGAAAGGAGAAGAAAUUUCAUCAACGACUGUGUUAAUUUAAUGUUAAUUUUGAUUCAAAAGUGUCAUAAAAUUCGAAUUUCUAAAGUUGAAGUCAAUAAAAUUUUCAAAUAUCUCUCAAUUUUAGAUUUGCGAAGAUUUUCAACAGCUUGUUCCUAAAAUGUGAUUUUAAUACGUAAUUCACGAAAAUAUUUUCUUAUGUAUAAUUUUUUAAGCAUUUUCUAUCUACGAAUAAGGAAAUUUUUAUUUAAAGAUUCGUUCUCGUAUUAAUGUAAUAAAAAGUGAAUUUAAUCUGCAAGGGUUAACUGAAAUGAAAAAAUUAAAAAUUUUGUUAAUCUGUGCCAUUUUGGCAAUCGUAUAGAAAAUUAGACAUUCGAGAAACAUACUUUCUAAAAGUCAAGUUAAUUAAGUAAAAGACAUCUGAUAGCCAUUUUCUAAAAAAGAAAAAAUAUUUUAAAUAAAAAGUAUUAUUAUUUAUAAAAAGAAUAUUUUUCGAAUGCUU